CUGCCUGAGAUUGGCAUUCUUCUUUAUAUCUAUGACAGUUUAGAGAACUAUGGAUCAACUGGCUUGCAUUAUUUUAAAUUACUAAAUUACUUUUGUUUAUUAUUUUCAAUUUCAGUUUUUGUUGUUGGUUUAGCUUUUGUUCUUGCGUCCAGAAUUAUCACUAAGACAAGCCGCUUUUCUAGCCGGUAUUGCGGGCGAUGACAAUCAUUAUCAGUGUUUUUGUCCACAUGGUUUUACCCCCAUCCCUCCUUCGUGGUGGUCGCUUGUAGAUUAGCUGAGUCGAGGCUUUUCACUUUUACUCGGUAGUGUAUCACCUUAAACGAAACUAGUUGGAACGGGAAUUUUGAAUGCGGUAGUAAGAAUAUGUGAGAGAAGGAAAAAUAUUACAACAUUUUUCAAUCUUUUUUGGAAAAGAAAUAUAUCCUCGUGGAAGUGUUAAAAUAAGUUCCGUUUUCGAAAAUAGCAAGAAGAAAAUUUGAACAAUCAUGUUCCCAACGCAAAUUCUGAUGACAUACUAAUAAAAUAUUUCGAAAAAAGUGUUAAAUUUUGGCAAAUUCGUUGCCUAGCUUGCGUCGUUUUAUUGCUAAUUGUUGCCGACGUCUUUUCACCUACCUUCAAUCGCUAUCUUAAUAAUAAUAUUGCGACGACGAUAAGUUUUAUGUUUUUUUAUCGCAUUUCAACAGUUUAUGAUUUAAUUCGGAGUUUCUGCUGAGCGGAGUGUCAGAUCGUUAAAAAUGGAAAAAUCAGAAAUGGCCAAUGAGAAACGUAAUGGUUCCAUUGCGGAUCCAGACAAAAAAUCAAAUGCCGAAGAAAGCGACGAAGUUGAGGAGGAUCCUUUCCAAGCCAUUAUGGAGAAGGCUGGCAAUCAUGGUCGAUUUCAAUUGAUGUAUAAUAUCCUGUUUGUGAUGGGCCUGUCAAUGGCCGGUGCCAUGUGUUAUAUGAAUAUUAUUUUAGCCUUAAAUAUACCCGAUCAUUGGUGUACAGUGCCGGGAAGAGAACAAACUAAUUUUACAUUGGAUGAAUGGCGACGAAUAACACUGCCCAAGUCAAAGGACAAUCGUGGUGCAGAGAAGUAUAGCAGCUGUCAAAUGUUUGAUGUGAAUUUCACCGAAAUUGAUGACUGGCAGAAUUGGAAUUCAACAUCAGCAAAUGUAACAGCCUGCCAGAAUGGUUGGACUUAUGAUCAGAAAUGGUAUCAGGACACCAUACCCAGCCAGGAGAAUUGGGUUUGUGCGCACGAUUUAUUUGUGACAAAUGUUUUCGUUGUUGGUCGAGUGACAGAAGUUGCGGGUUCAUUUCUGCUCGGACAAAUGGGUGAUAUUUUUGGACGCCGUGUGGUCUACUACAUCAGUGUGGUGUUUUGUUCAAUUGGCCGAUUGUCUUCGAUUUUGACCACGGCCCAUUAUACCUGGUUCCUAGUAUUUUCCGGCUUAGCAGCUCUGACUAUCAACAGUUUGUUUCAAUCACCUCAAAUUAUCGGCAUGGAAAUAUCAAGAGAACAAGAUCGAAGUUUAAUCGCCAUAUAUCAGAGUUUUGGUUGGUCAAUUGGAACAACAUUAAUGCCAUUGCUUUUCUGGUGGUUACGCAAAUGGGAACCCUUCAUGUGGAUAACAACGGUACCAACAGCCUUAGUAUUGAUUUUCUCCAAAUAUGUCAUUGAAUCGCCACGCUGGUUGAUUAGCAAGAAACGCUUUGGUGAUGCGAUUAGGCAAUUUAAGAAAAUUGCCCGAAUCAAUGGACGUCAAUUUGACAUGAGCGAAAAAGAGUUGAUCACCAUCUAUACGAGCACAAAACAAGAAGUUACCUACGGCAUAGCGUCAUUGUUCUCGGGUUGGCGUCUGGCCAAGAACACUUGCAUCAUGGGCUUCAGCUGGUGUGUGGUAGCUGUGUCAUAUUUCACCCUGGUACUCUUCAGCUCGAGAAUGAAUGGUAAUCCCUUCUUGAAUUUCCUUAUGCAAAGUAUUGUGGAAAUUCCCGCCUACAUUUUGGGCAAAUAUUUGGGCGAUAAAUUUGGGCGACGCUUUACCAACAGCUCCUCGUUCUUUGUUUCAUUUUUGGCUUGCAUACCACUGAUAUUGUUGGCCACAGAUGAAAAAUACGAAUUUGUAAUUAUGGGUUUGGCAGCAUUUAUCAAAUUCUUAAACGCGGUUACCUUCUUCACCGCCAGCUUGCAGGGCAUGGAAAUUUAUCCCACAUGUAUGCGUCAAACGGGCAUUGCCCUUGGCACCAUCCUGGCGAACGCUGUUGGCGUUGUUGCACCAUAUCUGGUGUACUUGGGCACCACAGUUGACAUUCGCAGUCCGUACUAUAUUUUGGGUGCGCUGUUCCUGAUUGGCGCCAUUGCAGCCUUGUUUUUGCCCGAAACGUUGCAUAAAAAGCUACCCGACACUAUGGAGGAGGCCCGUAAUUUUGGCAUACAUGAUAAAUUCUUCAGCCUGCCCAAGGCCCCACCCGCCACUGCAGAUGCGACAACGGAAAAACUAAAUCAAACCAAAUUUGCCCCCUGAAAAGUGUCGGAACGCCCACUUAGACGACACUUUGUGAUUUUUGUUACUAGCCUAAUUAGACAGCAGUCAGUAUUUGUAUUUUUGCUAUGUUUGCUGGCGCCCAAAGGAUUGAUAUUCGUUUCCUGUCGACGCCACUUCUUCGUUUGUCCAUUGCAUCUGUGACAAUGUGAUCGAUGUACUUUAAGAUGUUCCCCCUACUUUAUUUAAGUGCAAUUACUAGUUGAUUUUUUUUUUGUUGUUUUAUUGUUUUUAGGAUUUUGUGAAUCUUUGUAAAUAAUAAUGCUUUCGUAUGUAAGAGUGUAUGCUUUGUAUAUAGGCAAAUAAAUUGUAUAUUUAUAUCAAUAA